UAUGAUUAUUGAAGAUUUGGAAAUAUUAUUGACACGCUCCAGUAGCGCUUCAGAAGGAUCAAGCUCAUUCGACAAUCUGUGAAUGGAUAAGGCGAAGAAACUCUCCAGUAAAGAGCUGAAAGAGCUGCGGAAGACGUUCCAGAUGUUUGACCGGAACGGGGACGGGCGAAUCUCCGCAUCGGAGCUGUCAAACGCCUUCCGGGUGCAGGGCCAGUGUAUACCGGAAGCGGAAAUACGUAGCAUCAUACGGGAGGUGGACGAUGAUGGAAACGGUCAGAUCGAUUUUGAGGAGUUUGUGAGUCUAAUGACGACAAAAUCACAAGAUGCCAGGUCGGCGACACGUGAUGAAUCCGAAUUACGAGAAGCUUUCAAAGUGUUUGAUCAAAACGGGGACGGCAAAAUAAGCUGCAAAGAACUGAAGGCCGUGCUAAACUCAAUCGGCGAGAAAAUGACAGAGCGUGAAUUCGCGGAGCUGAUCCGAGAAGCGGAUAUUGACGGAGACGGCUCUAUUAGUUUUGAUGAAUUCUCAAAAGUGAUUGCCAACAAGUUUGUAUAGACGCCAGGCUACACAGUUGGAAAAGAGAAAGGUUUGUUGCGUACAGUGUGGCAGAACAACAAACAGAUCGUUGUUUACAACUAUGUGUUCACUAGCAACUUUUACUUUAAAAUGCGAUUGCAUCAAGUUCAGCAUUUUGCGCAUAGUUUUGUUCAUGAUUUGUGUGUUUUACUUACACAUAUUUCUAGACAUACCUAAAUGCCAAAAUAUCAGUCAACGUUGAAGUGUAAACGCGUAAAAAUAUUGUCGAUUUUAUAGAUAUGCCCAUUUUUGUUUACAGUGUGCACUUAAACAAAUCAUGUAAAUUAAACAUUUUCUAAUCAUUAGAAAACGUAUAAAUAUUUUUAUUUUAGAUAAUUUGUAUUUUAAAUCUCGUGAUAUCGUGAUAUUGGAGUUUUCUAAUGUGUACCUCUUUUUACUAUUUAAUGGACAUAGUUGCUGCCACUUUUUCAAUCGACACACAUAACGUUGAUCAGUGAACAGCUUACAGUAAGCGUAACAAUUAAACAUGAGCCUUUUAGGUUUUUAAGGGACGAAUCUUUCCGCCUAGAUUGAAUUUUCGUUUAGACGAGACUUCCACAACAGGAAAAAUUCCAUAUGAGCAAAAAGUGUCGCCCCUGAUAAGAUGGCGGACCGCUGAGGGUUAUGUGGGACGACACUUUUCGCACAUGUAUUAAGCGCCGUUUCCCAUCGCGCCUCGAAUAAAAAGUGAAUCUAAGAUAAAAGCAUUGCACACGUUUGUUUUUUUUUCUGUGAUCUUCGUUUUAGCAUUUUUAUUUCAUAUGAUCUGAUAUUUAUUGUAUGGCUUUGAACUUUUAUUGAACGACUGUCAUUGUUUUUUUGGUAAAUGUGAUAUUAGUGUGCAUACGUUUAUUUAUAAACGGUUUUUCGAUUAUAAAAUGCUAAUUGUUAAUACUGUUCGUUAGACAAUUGUAAAGGAAAUUAAUAAUUAGUACUUUUCGCCCAACAUCUUGAUUAGAAAUAUUUUCAAUGUUCCAUACACAAAUGUCCAUUUGCGUCAAUAGAAAUCUGAUUUCUUUAUUUUAAUAGACCAAAUUGAUAGUUUUGGACAAAAUAAUGCAUCGAAACGCAAUAACGGUCAUUACACACGCCUGAAUUAUAACCAUAGUAAUCUCCCUUAUGUUAGAAAAUAACAUGUAUUGCUACUUAAAUACCCACAAAUAGACAAAUAAAUACACCAACAUGAUAUAUCUUAUUAAAUAAUCAAGAGUUGAAAAAACUGCCACGUGGUCAUUUUUCAAGUCAUCAUAUUUUUGUGUUAAUUAACAAGGUCACCGACGAAAAUAAAUCAAUUAAUCAAGAGCAUGAGCCUAAAUGAAAAUAAAAUCACAUUUAUCUGAAUAGAAUAACAUGGAUUGAGAUCUAACAUCUAACGACCGACUUUCCACACCUGUAGUAGGUAAGAAAUGUUGCCGACAUUACCUCGCGUAUCUCGGACUUGGCAAUUUCGUCAUUUAUCGGCCAAUUAUAAUAUAUCUUUUUGUCGUUCCGAUUAAUGCAAAAAUGUUGCAUUUGAACAGUAAUAUAUUUAAAUUAUGCUGAUCUAAGUUUUCCGGCUUAUUUUAGCGUUGUCUAUGAAUAUUUUUAUCACGAUUAUCAUUUGCCCCAAGCAAUAGUUGCUAGCAUUACGAUAUAAUAUACUUUCCUCAUUAGGCUCGGCACUAGUUUCGUUGAACAUAAUAUACACUGCAUCAAAUUCAGUUCUUAAGUGGUUUGAUUUUUGUUUAGUCUUUAUCGGUGGAUUAAUAAAAAUACCAAAUCCAACAUAUUUAUAUUUUUAAGUCAUGCUUUUCAAUCGUUUAUUAACAUAUUAAAAGGGCUUAACAUAUACAGUUGGUGAUACUUAUGGGAGUCGCGUCAUGCAAAAAAUGGACCUUAUGCCACAGCAUCAGACCAGCAAUUUCAGUAAAAUAACAUUAACACAGCGACUCAAAUAACAAGUACAUUUAAUACUUAAAAACAGUAAAUUUAGUAAAAUAAUGUUAUCGCAUCAGCACAUUCAACACAAGUGCGUAAAUACAUAAAACCAGUAAAAUCAGUCAAACACAACAACUAAAUCGAAAACAUAAAAAUAAAUACCUAAAAUAAGUAAGUUCAGUAAAGUGAUAUUUACAAAACGACUCAAGCACAAAAACAUGUAUCCUAGUUAUCUUAGAACAUGCUAAAGUGAUUAACAAUUCUGAAACUGCAUUCAUCUACAUAUAUGUGUGAACAAGCCCCUGUAUGUCAAUAUCUUACAUUUCUAAUACAAUGCACUAUACUGAGUAUCAUUGUCAGAGACUUUACAUUCUGUGACCUACAUGCACAUGGGGAGAACACAAAUGGCAGUAUUAUGGCGGCACUCAUUGUCUAUCAUGAUUGUUUUCAAAACCGUCAUGAUUAUAUGUCCGUUACCUUUCUUAACCUUCACCACAUCUUUGAGCACUAUGCUAUCCUUCCGUACCCAUUUACACGAAAUAUUUUUACUAUGGCACUGCCGGUAGCACAGCAUAAUUUCGAAGCACAGAACAACAUAUUAAUAUUUUAGCUUGACACGCGGAUUUAAGCAAGAACGAAUCAAAGUAAUUCACAGAAUUCGCAAAUAUAUCCAAAACCUUAAAAAAACAUCCAUAUAAAUAUAUAAUUGAUGAAAACAAUAAGUUAUCAAAAACGUAUGAGGUAUCAACUAUUAGCGAAUAUGAGGGAAUUAUACUUUAAUUCAUACUUGAGGACUCUAACACACGUUAAUCUUAUAUAGACUUAUCUGGUAAUAUGGAGAUCUAUAACACACGUUUAGUUUUUAUAAUACGUUGUAAGAUACCGUGAAUAAAUAAUUAUGCAUUUUUGAAACAAAAAACAGCCCUUUGUUAUGUUUGUUAUGUUUGUUAUGUUUGGGAUAUUUGAUUUUUUAAUAUAAUAAAAGUUUAUGAGAUUUGAAUAUUCGUGAAAAAAAAAACUAACUGGUCAUUUAAUUUUCUGUUCAGAUUUGCACACAGUGCAAUAGAAACUACCAGUUAAAUUGCCGUCACAUUCCGGAAUAUGAAUUAAAUACAAACAUGUACGUCGAUACAGCCAUUUAACAUUUACAGAUCACUGCCCGUUUCUGUUUGUCAAUGGAUUUGGAGAAAACGACAGGAUUAUGCAACAAUAUGAUAGAGUUUCCAACUGGCAUAUAUACAAUCGUUAUUUAUAAGCGUACAUGAUGGUUUUCAUCGUCAAAAUAUUGCAAUUUAAAAAGAAACGACACUAAUUCUUAUAUCCCACGGUCAAUUAAUAAGCAAACCGGAUUUGAGAGAACGCGGGUUCUGAACGAUGAUGUAUAAUCUAAAGGUAGGGGUUACUUAAAUUGCUUUGAUA